GUGGAUUAUUUAAUACAAAAAGCUUUAACAGAGCAGCGCUUGUACGCGGAUCUUUACCGUAAUGCUUGUACACUGAUUAAAAUAAAAUGGCAGUCAGUGAACGAUUUCCCAAGCUCGAUAUCGUGUAGGCUCACAUUUCCAGCUCUCACUCAAAUUUACACUCCCAUUUCGUCCUGUAACGCGUGAGGGAGCCGCCCAGCUCGGGAGCAUUUUGCUAGGAAAGUUAGCAUUUCCAGCAGAAACGCGCCCACAGUUACAGCCAUGUCCUCAUUAAGCUCCAAGUCCUCUGAUGAGCUAUGCAAACUUUUGGAUGAAUAUGGGAUUAACCAUGGACCCAUUGUGGACUCUACCAGGAAGCUUUAUGAGAAGAAGCUGGCAGAGGCCAUGGCCAAAAACCCAAAGCCGUCUUCUGACAAGACAUUCUACAGAGAAGAACAGGAAGAAAUCACGUAUGUUACAUAUCAUCCACCAGUGCAACAUGAAAACUUUGGAGAUGUAACAAGAAGAAUGAGGACCACUGAGAAUGCUGAUGACAUGGAUCUUACAAAUGAAAAUGUCACUCUUCAAGGAAAAAACCACACCUGCAAUAAGCCUACAAUCAGCUACACUGACACAGCCUACCAGAGUACACCCAGAGCUAGAUCAACAGCCUACAUGAGCAAGUCAAGCCUGCAGGAUGCUAGUCCAGGAACAGUCAAAUCUGAGGGGAGCAAAUCCGGUGGUGUGCCAGGGUGGCUUCGUGUGUUGGUUUUCAUCAUCAUUGCAGUGUUUCUUUACUAUGUGUACUCAAACAUGGAAUCUGCAGAUGAAAACCCUUUUAAAAAAAUUGAUGUAUAACUAGUUAAUCAAAAUUCUGUUUUUUCCCCUUGAGGUGAUCUAUUCCAGUGUUCAUUACAUUAUAAGCACAAAUACUUUUUUCUAUUAUGAAUUUUAUAUAUUUGCAGAUUUUAUAUUAGGUGUACUAGGCUCAUGAACAUACAGUGUCCUCCACUAAUAUUGGUAAAUAUGAGCAAAGAAGGCUGUGAAAAUUUGUCUUUAUUGUUUAACCUUUUGAUCUUUUGUUUAAAAAAAAAAAAUCACAGAAAUACUCGCUCUCAUGGAUAUCAAACAAUUGCAACCCUAGGUCCAUGCUGGUGAACUCUCCUCUUCAGUUCAAUUCACAGGUUUUCUAUGGGUUUCAAGUCAGGGGACUGGGAUGGCCAAGGCAGAACCUUGAUUUUGUGGACAGUAAACCAUUUCUGUGUUGAUUUUGAUGUAUGUUUUGGAUCAUUGUUCUUCUGGAAGAGCCAACCAUUGCCCAUUUUAAGCUUUCUGGCAGAGGCAGUCAGGUUUUCAUUUAAUAUAUGUGGAUAUUUGAUAGAGUCCACGAUGCCAUGUAUCCUAACAAAAUGUCCAGGUCCUCUGGCAGAAAAACAGGCAAAAAACAUUAAAGAGCUAUCACCAUAUUUAAUCGUGGACAUGAAGUACGUAUCCAUAUGGCUACCGCUCUGUGUGUACCAAAACCACCUCUGGUGUUUACUGCCAAAAAGCUCUAUUUUGGUUUCAUCUGACCAUCGAACCAGAUCCCAUUUGAAGUUCCAGUAGUGUCUGCAAACUGAAGACUCUUGAGAUUGUUUCUGUAUGAGAGUAGAGGCUUUUUCUUGAAACCCUUCCAAACAACUUGUGGUGAUGUAGGUGACUUUGGAUUGUAGUUUUGGAGACUUUCUGACCCCAAGACGCAACUAGCUGUGAUCCUUGGAGAACUCGUGGCCACUCGAACAAUUCUCUUCACUGUCUUGAGACAAUAUAGACAUGUCCUCUUCCAGGUUGAUUCAUGACAUUUCCAGUUCACUGGAAAUGCUUAAUUAUUGCCCUGAUGAAGGAAAUAGGCAUUUUCAAUGCUUGUGCUAUUUUCUAAUAAAUAAAUUUUCUAAUAAUUUUUUUUUUGUGACUUUCAACAACCUUUUUCCGCACAUCACACCUUGGUCUUACCCAUUGUUAUGAAUGACUAAGGGAAUUUGGCCUAUGUUUUACCUCAUAUUUAUACCCCUGUGAAACAAGAAGUCAUGGUUGAACAAUUUCUUGUUCCUAAUCACCCAGGUGGACUAAAAAACAUACAUACUUCAAAUAUGUUUUUCUCAUAAGAAUUCAUAGGGGUGCCAAUAAUUGUUGCACACCUAUAUUUAACAAAGAUAUUUUAGGAUAAACCUGUUUUGCAUUUGCAAAUGUUUGAUAUCCAUGAGAGCACAGUAUUUUUGUGAAUGUUUUUUUAUCAAAAGAUUAAACAAUAGACAAAUUUUCACACCCUUCUUUGCUCAUAUUUACCAAGGGUGCCAAUAUUACUGGAGGGCAGUGUAGUUUUACAUUAACAUGGCUGAUGCGUGUUGUGCAUUUGUUUUAUUUUUUUGCUUUUUAAUUCAUAUGUAUCCAAAUUAUAUGGUUGUUGUUCACCAGCCUAUUAAUAGCCAAAAUUUUAUAUAAAAAGAGCAUUGUUGAAUUUAAGAAAAUAAGUAACAGGCUAUUAUAAAAUAAAGUUGUGUCCAAAACAUG